GAACAUGCUGGUCAAUUGUUGUUAGAACGUCUUAGACAAUUUAACAAUGAUCCUCAGGCAGUAGUAGUUGCACUACCAAGAGGUGGAGUACCUGUGGCCUAUCCAAUUGCCAAAGCACUUCAUCUUCCACUUGAUAUAGUUGUACCAAGAAAGAUUGGAGCACCAUCAAACAAGGAAUAUGCAAUCGGAGCAAUUGCAGAGAAUGGUGAAGGAUACUUCAAUCAAGAUGUCAUUGAUCAACUUGGUAUACCAAUAUCAUAUUUGGAUAAAGAGGUAGAGAAACAAAGAGUUGAAUCAAAGAGGAGACAAGUUGUAUAUAGACGUGAUAGGCCUCCAGUUGACUUUAAAAACAAAGUUAUUAUAUUAGUAGAUGAUGGUAUAGCAACAGGAUCAACAAUGAAGGCUGCUAUAGAAUCGAUCAAACAUUUGGAACCAAAGAAGAUUGUUGUGGCAGUACCAGUGGCGCCACAUGAUAGUAUAAGUGAACUGAAGCAUAAUCCAAAGGUUGAUGAGAUUAUCUGUUUAUCAACACCAUAUCCAUUCAAUGCAGUUGGUAACUUCUAUCACUUAUUCGACCAGACCGAGGAUGACACUGUCAUUCAAAUGAUG